AUGCUACAGUAUGGUACUCGUAUAAAUGUCUAUUCAACUGUUUGCAAAGCGUUAACAAGCCAAUUGACGAAUGAAUCUCUUGAUGAGUUAUGUCAUCAUCGGAAUAAAAAUAAAAAUCUUCCAUCAUCAUCAUCAUCUUCUUCUGCUUUCACUGCCAAUCUUACAGAGGCUGCUCGAACAAACACGGAAAUAAAUGCUUCAAUGACAAUGUCACCUGGAUCUACACUACGCCCUAUAGAUAUUGAAAUUCAGUAUCUAUCUGGACUAUAUCUGUUAGUUUAUCGAUUUUUAUUGAAUAUACCUGCUGUUAUAUCAUGUUUAUUCUAUGGUUCAUAUGCACAUAAAAUUGGUCAUAAGUAUAUAAUGCUGAUCCCAUGUUUAGGAUCUAUAUCAGCCUGUUUCUUUUUCAUUAUCAGUCUCUCUUCAAAGUUGAAGUUCAUUCCAGAUUCGAUAAUUUUAACAUUGAUCGGUGCUACAUUCUAUGGUGUCUGUGGUAAGAGUAGUGCAGUGACUAUGGGUGUAAAUAGUUAUAUUUCUGAGAACAGUGUUACACAGAAACGUACACGUAUGCUGGCACGAUUAUUGGGAGUGAAUUUUUUAGGACUUUCUUUGGGUACAUUAUUUCUUGGUGUAUUUUAUCAAUUCUCAAACUAUUUUGAUCUACUUAUAUUUGUUAUUGUUGGAGAUUUAUUUGCUAUUUUAUUGAUAUUUUUGGCAACUUAUCUUAAAAAUGAUGAAAAGUUGUCAUCCUCAUCGACAGAAUCAUCAGUAACCUCAGAAAUUUCAAAUGAAAUAACAUCUACCAUGACAGAAACAUCACCUUCAUCCUCUAGUGAAAACCAAUUACACGACGAUAAAACUGAUGAAAAUCAUAAAGAUUCGGGGAAUUCACUCAACUAUAAAGAGAAUAUAUUAUGGUAUAAAAGAAUACUGCAUGGAAUAGUUAAACCAUUCAAAACUGUGAUAUCAUCAUAUACAUUUUUAUUUAAAAAACGUGACAACAAUAGACGCCUUUAUCUCAUCAUCAUACUUGCUACUAUUCUCUUCAAACAAAUGGCCAAGUCAGGUGAACAAGAUGUUACUCUCCUGUACUUGACCAAUGAACCAACCUUGCUGUGGAGUGCUGAACUCUACGCUUUCUAUACAGCACUAUAUUAUAGCUUAAUGUUUAUCCAGUUGAUAAUUCUAUUGCCAAUAUUGGAGAAGAAAUUUGCCUUUCGUGAUACAACACUAAUACUGAUCGGUCUUGUUUCAGAGGCGAUACGCCUUUUUGUUACUGGUUUAGUAAAGAAUACAGUGAUCCUAUUCCUCACAGCUGUCUUGGGAUCUAUGGCCAGUUUUAUUACAACAUGUACACGUUCACUAAUCAGUAAACUUGUUCAUGGGGAUGAGAUGAAUGCAAGUUUUGCAGUAAUUUCAAUACUGGAAACACUAGCUAAUCUUAUGGGUGGUGCACUGUUCACACUCAUUUAUAAUAAGUCGCUAUUAUUCUAUCCACCUUUUAUAUUUAUUCUAUCUGCUGUUUUGAAUAUUCCCCUGAUAUUUAUUUUCAUUUGGUUAAGAUAUAAACUAUUGAUUUAUGAAGUGUACUGUUCAGAACCUGAGAAAAUUUCAUCAAAUGAAGAGACCGUUGAAAAGAAAAGCGAAACUACGUCCUUAUAA